CUGAAUCAUAUUUAAACAAUACAUUUUAAAUAAAACACUAACAUGUCAAACUCUUUCAAUGUUUAAAAUUUGAUCUUUGUUCAAAAAACUACAAAACUACAACACGCAGAGUGAUCCCUCUGACUUCUAAACUAUCUCCGAUACGUCAUUACGUUACAACGUCCGACGUCAGCCAGUUGAAGCGCGUCAGUGCUCCGUGUGACGCAGUCCCCGGGCUCGGACAGGUGAAGAACAGUCCUCCAUCUUUCUCUCCGUGGUUCGGCGGCUCGGUUCCGACAUGAACAGCGUCGGGGAGGCCUGCACCGACCUGAAGCGGGACUACGACCAGUGCUUCAACCGCUGGUUCGCCGAGAAGUUCCUGAAGGGGGACCGGAGCGGAGACCCGUGCACCGAGAGCUUCCGGCGGUACCAGCGCUGCGUGCAGAAGGCCAUCAAGGACAAGGACAUCCCGGUGGACGGGGUGGACUUCAUGGGGCCCGGCAGGGACAAGCCCGACAGCUGAUCAGCGCCGAUAGAUCGAUACUGACGUCGAUACCGUGGAGUCCACGCGGCCCACUGAGCAUGCGCAGAAGCAGAGGCGAUGACGCCGUCAGGACUGACGUCACACCAGCUCGAGCCACCAAAGACUGAAAGAGUCGAUUAAUCGAUGAUGAAUCAGUGACAGGUUGUAGUCAUGGAGACGGAUCCAUGACGUCACAUUAAAGAUGAUGAUGAUGAUGUAAAGUGACAUUUAUGUAAAUAAAGUUUGUUUUUUUUUAAAUCAAA